AAUAUCAUUUCAAUCCAUUCGAUCAUCAUCAUUUCCAUUCUUUUUUCUUUCUCUCUCUAAAAUCUAAAAUCCAUCCAACAUGAAAAUUACUUUGGCCAUCGCCUCAUUGUUGGCAUUGAGCGCUGUUUAUGCUCGUCCAUCAUCGAUCAAAACUUUUGAAGAAUACAAAAAAGCCUUCAACAAAAGUUAUGCUACCUUCGAAGAUGAAGAAGCUGCCCGUAAAAACUUUUUGGAAUCAGUAAAAUAUGUUCAAUCAAAUGGAGGUGCCAUCAACCAUUUGUCCGAUUUGUCGUUGGAUGAAUUCAAAAACCGAUUUUUGAUGAGUGCAGAAGCUUUUGAACACCUCAAAACUCAAUUCGAUUUGAAUGCUGAAACUAACGCCUGCAGUAUCAAUGGAAAUGCUCCAGCUGAAAUCGAUUUGCGACAAAUGCGAACUGUCACUCCCAUUCGUAUGCAAGGAGGCUGUGGUUCAUGUUGGGCUUUCUCUGGUGUUGCCGCAACUGAAUCAGCUUAUUUGGCUUACCGUAAUCAAUCAUUGGAUCUUGCUGAACAAGAAUUAGUCGAUUGUGCUUCCCAACACGGUUGUCAUGGUGAUACCAUUCCACGUGGUAUUGAAUACAUCCAACAUAAUGGUGUCGUCCAAGAAAGCUACUAUCGAUACGUUGCACGAGAACAAUCAUGCCGACGACCAAAUGCACAACGUUUCGGUAUCUCAAACUAUUGCCAAAUUUACCCACCAAAUGCAAACAAAAUUCGUGAAGCUUUGGCUCAAACCCACAGCGCUAUUGCCGUCAUUAUUGGCAUCAAAGAUUUAGACGCAUUCCGUCAUUAUGAUGGCCGAACAAUCAUUCAACGCGAUAAUGGUUACCAACCAAACUAUCACGCUGUCAACAUUGUUGGUUACAGUAACGCACAAGGUGUCGAUUAUUGGAUCGUACGAAACAGUUGGGAUACCAAUUGGGGUGAUAAUGGUUACGGUUAUUUUGCUGCCAACAUCGAUUUGAUGAUGAUUGAAGAAUAUCCAUAUGUUGUCAUUCUCUAAACAAAAAGACAAUUUCUUAUAUGAUUGUCACUAAUUUAUUUAAAAUCAAAAUUUUUAGAAAAUGAAUAAAUUCAUUCACAAAAAUUAAA